AUGGAGGGGGGGGAGGGGGGGAGGGGGGGAGUGGGGGAUGAGGGGGCGGAGAAUGGUAGAGGGGGGGGAAGGUGGAGAAUGGGGAUCGGAGGGUGGGGAAAGGAGAGGAAGCGAUGGAUGAGCGAGUGGGGGACUGGGGAUGGGUGGCGUAAAGGGUGGUGCUUAGGGACUCCUAGCGGAGGGGCGUUCCUGUGGGGGGGCGGGAACGGACGGGAGAGGGGGGGGGGUGGGAGGCUGCGGGUGGGGGACGGGCGAUACGUGGGUCGGAGAGGAUCAAGAGCUAGGCAGAGGGGAAUUUCUAUGGGGGCAGGGAGGUGGGCUACGUUGUACUAG